UCUGAUAAUCUGUUUUUUUAGUAAUAAGUGCUUUGUGGAAAGGAAUUCAUCGUGGAUACCGACUUCAAGCAUGAUAAUGCCGAGGUCAUAUCAUACGAUGUCUGCCUUCAAAGACAGUGUAGUUAUUACCGGAGGAUCUCCUGAUGGAGUGGCUCCCCCAAACAAUGAAAUCGAGAUUUUUAAUGGUACCACCUGGACAAAGCUGAACAAAACCUUAACUUCACCUAGAAUACACCAUUGUGCAGUUGUUAUCAGUGAAACUGAAUUUUAUGUGCUGGGUGGACAGUCAGACAAAAUUACAACAUUAUCAAUUAUGGAAAAAUACAAUAUUGAUGGAAAUCUAGUUGCCGGCAAUCUUGCCAAUAUGACUAUUGCAAGAUCUAAAUUUGGAUGUGCACUUCUGGAUGGAAAAAUAUAUGCUGCAGGAGGAGGAUCUGAUGGCACUUCUAUGACCACUAUGGAGGUCUACGACCCAUUGAAAGACACGUGGACCCGUGUAGCAGGUCAACUUGGUAUAUUUGGCACACUGUCUAAUCAUUUAGUAAUGCUAAAUGGAAAGCUGGUCAGUUAUGGGCAAAGCGUAUUCAGCUACGAUGCAGAAGGCGAAAAUUGGACCCAGAUUGAAGAGGCUAAUAAAGGGGGUAAUGCUUACUUUGCUCUUGUUGUGGUUCCUUGCAGUGAGGACUAGUUGUAUGGAUCAAAAGGCCCAAAAGAUGAGAAUAAUGGAAUAUAUGUUUACAAUGUGAUCUAGAUUUAAGAUUGAAUUAUUUUACAGUUUGAACACCACCAUGCACCAAGUACUUUUGUAAUAAUAUAUAUUUGAAUAAAUUAAUGCAUUUA